AAGUUAAACUUUUUAAACUGCGUGCGCAGAUGAUACAGCAGCCAUAGUAUCCGACGUAUUAUCAGCUCCAACAAGAUUUUAUUACCCUUUUUAUUUUACGUUAUUAAUUAAUUUCAAAUGAUAGAUAAUUUAUGAAAAUAAAUAAAAAUGGCAGAAAAUAAAAGCAGUUCUAGUGUAGAAGAAAAACCAGCAGAAGUGUCACCAAUGAGUCAAUGCUACGAAAAUUAUAUUCUCGUUGACGUGGGUGCAAAUAUGACGAACAAAAAAUACAGCCGUGAUCUAGACAGUGUUAUCCAACGAGCUAAAGAUGCUGGUGUACAGAAAAUAAUGGUAAUUGGAGCAAGUGUACGUUCGAGUAAAGAAGCAUUGCGGCUGACAAGAAUAUAUCCAGGUGUACUCUAUUCAACAGCUGGUGUACAUCCUCAUGACGCUAAAUCAUGGGAGGAUUCAGAUACGUUGAGUGAACUCGAGAGCAUCGCAAGUAACCCAGAGUGCGUUGCUAUUGGCGAGUGUGGUCUUGAUUACAAUCGAGACUUCUCAGAUCCAGAAACACAGCGUGCUGUUUUUCAUAAACAAAUAGAAUUAGCUUGCCGAUUAAAUAAACCGCUAAUUGUUCAUGAACGUGGUGCACAAGCAGACGUUUUAGAGGUACUGAGUCAUUACAAAAAUCGUUUGCCACCAGUGAUGAUUCAUUCGUUCGUUGGCAUGGCUGAUGAAGCACAAUUGUAUAUCGAUCAAGGAUUUUAUCUUGGUAUCACUGGUUAUUUGUGUAAAGAUAAAUCGGACAGCGGUGUGCGACAAAUACUUGAGACUGGCAAUGUGCCAUUGGAUAAAAUAUUAGUUGAGACUGAUGCUCCAUUCAUGUAUCCUAAUACUAGAGCUAGUAAGCUACCGAGCCAUGUUAAAGAAGCAUUAACUGAAAGAUCAAUGACUUUUCUACAUCGUUAUUGUACUUUUCAACGUAAUGAACCUUGUGCCUUGCCGGCAAUUGUCGAAAUGAUAGCUGCUUUUAUGAAUAAAUCACCUGAAGAAGUAGCACUAGCAACUGCUUUUAAUGCUCUUAAAUUAUUUGGUUUAACCCAAUGAUUUUUUAUUUACUUUCAUUUACAGCCGAAUAAAAAAUAAUGUAACUUGAUUUUUAAGGAAGACCACUAGUGUCAUCACUUGAAACAAAGAUGAUUUUUGGGAAUUUUGUUAAAGAAAACUACUGCAUGGAAUGUUUUGAUGCUUCAAUAAUAUAUUUGUGGAUAUAUAUCGAAUACAAGAUAAAAUUUUUGGACCAAAAAAUUAAAAAAAAACUGGAAGUUCGUGGUACGUAGAAACAUAAAAGAAGUUGCGAUUCAGAUCAAAGUGAUCGGAUGAUUUGUAUUCGAGUUAUAACUGCAGCAAUUUUAAAAAAUGUAUUUUCGAGAACCGAUAAGCGGUUGCUCUUCAGAUGGCUAUAACUCAAAAAAACUAUUUGAUAUGCAUUCGAAAUAUAAGUAUGUUAUUUUUUAAGCUAUAGACUCGAAAUAUGCAAGAAAAAAAAAUUGAUUUUUUCAAAAUUUCACACUAGUGGUCCCUCUUAAUUAAGAAACUAUUAAAAUGAUAAUAGUGGUGCUCGUCGGUGCUGAAAAAAAUAAUUUUUAAUAAAUUUAUAGGCAGCUUUUAAAGUGCAGGUAAUUUAAAAACCAAAUUAAUCGAACAAAAUUAUAAAAAUUAAUUAUAUUACAGAUAAUUUAUAACAAGUAUUACUUGUUUUGAAUUUAUUAAUUGUUAUUAUGAUUGGAUAGUUUUGGUACUAAUCAUUGUUAUGUAUUUUAAAAUUAUAAAACGCAACAUGUUUUUUAUUUUUUAAUAAAAAUAUUAAAUAAUUCGUCACGAUAAUGGUACGAAUUAUAAUUUUUUUUUAAAUUAAAUUUUACGAAUAUUUUAUUUAGAAACGAACUAAUUAUGUACAACUAACUUGUUUUAUAAUAUAUUAUGUAUUUUGUAUUGUGAAAUUUAUUAUUUUUUUCAACUAAAUACUCAGUAGUUAUUGUCACCGACAUUAAGUAUUUAAUUAUUAAUUUUUUAAAUUUAGUUCCAAUAAAUUUAUAUACCCAAUAUAUUUUAUUGUUAAAAAAAUAACUAUUUUCGUAUAAUAAACUAAUUGAAUUAUAA